AUGACUUCUGGAAUUGAGGAUACCUAUGACUAUAUUGUCUGCGGAGGAGGCACCUCUGGCUGUGUGGUUGCUGGUCGUCUGGCAGAAAAUCCCGAAGUUACCGUCUUGCUGCUGGAAGCUGGACAGCAUAAUAAGGACCUAGAAAAUGUUCAUAUGACUGGCGGGUGGGCGAACAACUUCGAUGCCGAGACAGAUUGGAACUUCGUCACUCCUCCAAUGGCAGGAGUUGAUAACCGCCAAGUGAAGCUGAGUCGUGGUCGAUUCCUUGGAGGCUGUAGCGGGUGCAAUGGAACGCUUUGUAUCCGUGGCAGCAAACUGGAUUAUGAUGACUGGGGACUAGAUGGAUGGAGCGGAGAAGAGUUCUUUGAGUAUAUGAGAAAGUCAGAGACCUUCCACCCAAAAGCAUGGUUCCAGGCCGAUAGAGAGAGUCAUGGAUACUCCGGGCCACUUCACACAGAGCCACAUGAUCUAGCGCCCAUCUCUCAGCUUCUGCUCGACUCUUAUGUCUCGCAAGGCAUGCCCUUGCAUCAUGACAUGUUCAGCACUGGUGAUGUUGUACAAGGAUGUGGCCAUGUACCUCGAACGGUAUACCGGGGCAUACGGACAACGGGCGCUGAUUUCAUCACAACCAAGAACCAAGGGAACAUCACCAUCAAGACAGAUACGACUGUCGACAAAAUCAUCUUCAGCAAGCAGGAAAACGAGACUCGCGCUUCCGGCGUAGUCACACAAACCUCAGAUGGCAGCUCUACCAUCUACCACGCCCGAAAGGAAAUCAUCAUCUCCGCAGGCGCCUACUGCAGUCCUGCAAUCCUGCUUAGAUCAGGUAUCGGCCCCAAGGCAGAGCUAGAACAUCACAAUAUCCCCUCUUUGGUUAAUCUACCAGGCGUGGGCAAGAACCUCAUCGACCACCUCAUCGUAUUCAUGUUCUACGAAACAGAAAAACAAGGCCUAACAAACGACCACCACGUCCAUCACAACGACAACUUCGACCGAACCUACGCAGAAUGGAAAGAUCAUAAAACGGGCUUCCUAUCCACCUUCCCCUUCGGCGGCUUCGCCUUCGCCCGUCUCGACAACCGACUAAAAGACGAGCCACUCUGGCAAAACGCCCCGCGCAAGCCCGGCCGAGACCCAAUGGGUCUCACGCCCCAGCAACCGAACAUCGAGUUCUUCAACACAGAGUGCUACGGCGGACCUAAGCAAUACGACCAAUUCCCAGCUAACAACCAGCACGCUUUUUCCAUGAUUGCAGAGCUGUUUGCGCCGAAGUCUCGUGGCUCGGUGGUUCUGGAAUCGGCGGAUCCGAAGGUAAACCCAGUUGUCGAUUGUAAUUAUCUGGAUGAUCCGCUUGAUCUGCUGGUUCUUAGUGAGGCUUGUCGGUUUGGGAAUGAGGUUGUUAUGAAAGGUGCUGGGACUAAGGAUAUUGUUAAGGGGUCUUGGCCGUCGAAUUUGAAUCAUCAUACUUAUAAAUCGAGGGAGGAGUGGGUUCCGUAUGUGAAGCAGCAUGCGACUACUUGCUACCAUGCGGCGGGAACUUGUGCCAUGGGGAAGACGGGGGAUCCUAGGGCUGUUCUUGAUGAGAAAUUGCAAGUUAGGGGUGUUUCGGGGCUGCGAGUUGCUGAUUGCAGUGUUAUGCCUACAUUGCAUGGAGGACAUACUCAGAUGCCGGCGUAUGGUAUUGGAGAGAAAUGUGCGGAUCUAAUCAAAGAAACAUGGCGGAUGGCGGGUAAUGUCUAUCCUCGCAUCUGA